GGGAUGAAAUUAAAGAUGCCUAAAGAACACGGUGGACUCUGUCAGCGAGGGUUUUAAACACUGAAGCUUCCUGUGGGUUCAUCAGCAGGUCAGAUCUGAUACAUGCUCUCUCUCCAUGUUCUCUGAUGCCCACACGUUGAACUUGAAGCGUUGCUGACAUAAAGCUCUCAGUGACAAGCAGGAGGCGCCGGCAGGAGGCGAAGGCUGUCCGCAGGAGGGAUGGUGAUGGAAAGUGCAGCUGGGAAGAAGCUCCUGGAGAUCACCGGACCGGCUUUGUCCCAGAGGAAACUCCUGGUGGGCCUGGACCUGCUGUGCCUCCUCCUGGGUGAAUAUAUGUGAACCUUUUUUUAACGAGCGGCUGAUAAUCAGGAGCGAGUUCAUGACCGCUGACCUCACCUGAUGAGUCUGCUCGAACUUCCAUUCCUUUCUUUGCCUGUGAGUUGAAAGCAGUGAGUCCUUACAGGAGGGGCUUUAUGUGUGGGGACCCCAGCAUCACUUACCCCUACCAGCACCGAGAGGCCAUAUCUGACGAGUUACUCAUCAGCGGCGGCAUCAUCAUCACUGGCCUCACUAUCGCCCUCGGGGAGUGUUACCGGGUCCGUUUCCUCGCCGUCAGCUCCAAGGCCUUCAUCAGGAACCUGUAUGUGUCGUGUCUGUACAAGGAGCUGGGCUGCUUCCUGUUCGGCUGCUGCGUCGGCCAAUCGCUCACUAACAUGGCCAAGCUGAGCGUUGGCCGGCUGCGACCUCACUUCCUGUCCGUGUGUGGGGUUACAUAUGCGUCACUAAACUGCACACCAGGAACCUACGUCGCCACGGUGAACUGCCGCCAGCCGGACCACCGUUUAGAGGAGGCCAGGAAGUCCUUCUUCUCUGGCCACGCCUCCUUCGCCAUGUAUACAAUGCUCUAUUUAGCAUUUUACCUGCAGGCUCGGCUGACAUGGCGAGGGGCUCGGCUGCUCAGGCCCGCACUGCAGUUCUUUCUGGUUCUGCUAGCGGUUUACACCGGUCUGACCCGCAUCUCAGACUACAGACAUCACCCGUCUGAUGUGACAACAGGCUACAUACAGGGGGCGCUCACAGCUUACUGGGUGGUCAGUAUACACCUCUGGUUUGUUUUCAGUGUGUGUUCACAUGUUGCCGUGUUCAUGUUGGUUGUGUGUUUGUUUCUCGCAGGCCUUCCACAUCUCGUCCAUGUUUAAGAGCAUGAGUUCAGAUCUGUCCCCGACUGAAACCCUGGACAGCCCCCUGUCCCCCCAACACACUGUCUGCUAGAUCCUCCCAUACCUGUACCAACAUCACCCACCUGCAGCCUGUAGUCGGCUUUGGAGAGAUGUGAAGUUUGUGAAACCAUUUCCUAUGAAGACAAAGGUCGUACCUCAGCGGGCUGAGCGAGAGAGUUUGUUUUGAGGCUCAGAAGACAAGAGAUGAAAGCUGAGAGCAAAUAAGAGGCGGGCAGGAAGUCUGAGCUCUUGACCCUUCAACCUUUGGACUGACCUCAGCUUCAGAUGUGACCUGUGAGAUGAGGAACCCCCCCCCCUCUCUACAGCACCUGUAAAUAUAAACAGAUUGUAUACAGCACUGUUUUAAUCAUACCUUAGUCUUUCUUCAGUUCCCCUUUGAUCAGGUAGGAGAUCCUGUGUUUUAUAUCGGAGCACAGCUCAGUGAUGUAGCAACACAAAGACAGAAGCUGGUGUUCCUAAUGUGCUGUUAGCUCCUGUUUGUAAUACAUGCAGUUUAUUAAUAAGAGAAUACACCUAACUCGUGUGUUUGACAGGUCUGCUGCUAUUUAUCUGACUUCAUGUUUAUUUUACUAAAUGUUGUUGUUAGACUUCUGACCAAUCAGAGAGCACAACAGUUAUUAAAUAAAUAAGAUUAAAAAUCAA